AUGUUUGAUUGCAAUCCCACAACAACGCCAAUAGAUGUGAAUCAAAAACUUUCAACUUCAAUGUGUCCCAAGAAUCAAAAAGAAAUUAAAGAAAUGUCGCAAGUUCCAUAUAUGCCAGCAGUUGGAUGUCUUUUGUUUGCAUCACAAGUAUCGCGUCCAGAUAUUACCUAUGCUGUAAAUAUGUUAAGCCGAUUUAGCAAAAAUCCUGGAAAAGCUCAUUGGGAAGCCGCAAAGCGGGUAAUGCGAUACCUCAAGGGGACUUUAGAUUCACAACUUGUUUAUAGAGCUGAUUUGAAAGAAUCUAACAUAAAAGGCUACUGCGAUGCAGACUGGGCCGGAAAUAUUGAUGAUCGACAAUCAACCACCGGAUAUGUGUUCUUGCAUCAAUCAGCAGCUGUGUCAUGGGCAACUAAGAAACAGAAGACUGUAGCUUUGUCGUCAACAGAAGUAGAGUUCAUGUCUUUAACUGCUGCGAUACAGGAAUCUGUGUAUCUAAAAAAACUCAAGAUGGAGCUUAAUCCAAAAAUUGAAGAAGCUAUGAAAAUCUUCUGCGACAACAAGGGAGCGAUUCAAGUUGCUUUGAACAAUAACUACUCUAAUAGAACAAAACACGUGGAUAUAAAAGCCAAGUUUAUAAGGCAGAAAAUUGAUGAAGAAGAAGUAACUUUGAAAUACAUUCCUACAAACGAAAUGUUAGCUGAUGUAUUUACCAAAGCUGUAUCAUCGCAAAAAUUGCAAUAUCUUAGAAAUAAGUUCGGUCUUUUGUAA